AUGUUGCCCUCGCUUCUCGUCGCCUCGCUGCUCCCGGUGGUUAGCCUGGCCGUUGCCGUACCGACAACUAAUAACGAACUCGACGGCCGUGGCCCUGUAAAGCCCUGCACGCUCAGGACAACGACCGAGCUCAAGUACAGGACCUGCCCAAAGACGAGCUGCAAAGUCGUUGGUCAGUAUGCGAAAGGGGCCAAGGUGAAGGUCAAGUGCGUCACUAGGGGCUCAUCCGUAAACGGCGAGGACGGCUGGGUUAAGAACCCGUCGGGAUACUACGUGUCGCUGGCGUAUCUUACGCCGAGCUUGGACUCUUGCAGCGCCCAAUACAUCUGUUAG